UGCUGCGCUGUCUCACUGCUCAGAUCCCGGAGCAGAGCGGCGGUGGGAGGCGGACUGUACGCGGUUCAGACAGCAGCGGCAGAGGUGCGCUUCUCCUCCUGCAGCCCUGCACGUCCUCGACUAUCUGGAUACUGCUUUCCGUCCAUCUCCAGCAUUAUUCUGACCCUCUGAGGCGCACAUAUCUGCUUCUUUUCCCUGAUGAUCCUUAACUCUGAGCGGACGGAGACAUGUGGGAUAACCCUGGGAAAGCGCAUCGCUUCUUCAUACUGUGCUUCCUGCUGACUGUGUGCACGAAGGUGUGUCAGUCUUCGGGUUACUUCGAGCUGCAACUCAUCUCGGUGGAAAACCCCAGAGGCCAGCUCCUAAACGGCGACUGCUGCGACUCGGAGGGCCGCCAGGCAGAUGGGAACUGCGGCCUGGACGAGUGUGAUACUUACUUCAGGGUGUGCUUAAAGGAAUACCAGCAGGAGGUGAAGAUUGGUGGACCAUGCACCUAUGGGUUAGAAAUCACCAAGGUGAUUGGUGGGAAUACUUUCCAGUUCAGAGGAAGCCAGAAAGGCAGUCACGACACUGGGAAGAUUGUCAUUCCCUUCCAGUUCUCAUGGCCGCAAGAUUACACUUUGAUAGUGGAGGCUUGGGAUAAGGACAACGGUACACAUGGCAGUGAUGAUGAGCUGCUCAUUGAGCGAAGCAUCUACAAGGGGAAGAUUAAUCCUGGCGAGGGGAAGCAGCCAGUCGAACAUAGAAGCUUCAUCGCCACAAUUAAAUACACCAUGCGUGUGCGCUGUGAUGAACACUACUAUGGCAUGAGAUGCAACAACGUAUGUCGUCCCCGUGAUGACUAUUUUGGACAUUAUGUGUGCGACCAUUUUGGGAAGAGACAUUGUAUUGAAGGCUGGGAGGGAGAGGAUUGCAAAACAGCCAUCUGUAAACAGGGAUGUAGCUCAUUACAUGGGACCUGCAGCACCCCUGGGGAAUGCAAGUAAGUCAGCUCUUUUAUGCAUAUGUAUGAUUUUCCCUGUUUGCUCCUCUGGCCACAUGCUGUUGGUGAUUUAUUCAUAUCAGAUGAUGAAUUUAAUUCCUACAAGCACAUAAUAAUUUAUAAUUUAUUAUAAAUUUAUUUGUUUAUACCUAGUCAUUUUGAACUAUUCACUCUUUAUUAGAGAUGUGCCGAUCAGGUUUUUUC